CAAGUGUCUUGCUACGUGGCCCAGGCUGGCCUCAAACUUCUGAUCUUCCUGCUUCAGCUUCCUGAGUAGCUGGGAUUCCAGAAAUUGACCUGUUGAGAAACGUUAUACAAAUACUGGGAAAAACCUGCUCUUCUACACAAAGGGUAGGACAAUGUCACAAGUUAAAAACUCUUACUCCUUUGAUGCUCCCUCGGACUUCAUCAAUUUUACAUCUUUGGAUUACGAAGAAGAUACAGAAAAUGUAGAUUCAUGGUUUGAGGAGAAGGCCAAUUUAGAGAAUAAGUUUCUUGGGAAAAAUGGGACAGGAGAGCUUUUUCAAAACAAAACUUCCUUGAGAAAAGCAAAUCUUCAGCAAGCUAAUCUCACACCUUUGUGACCAGUUGAGAACACUUACUACAAAGAGGCAGAAAAAGUAAAUCUUAUGGAACAUUCUAAUUCAUCAAAUGCUUGUUGCACCCUGGAAGUUGAGGGAACCAAAUCAAGAAAUACUCCAGCCCAGCCUCAGAGGAUAUCUCUUAGACUCUCUGCCCAGAAGAAUAUGGAGAAGAAAGAAAAACACCAUGUUCAAAUGAAAGCAAAGAGAUGUGCCACUCCUGUAAUCAGUGAAAUUCCACCUUCCAAGAAAAUGAAAAUUUCUCAAAACAGAAAGGAUCCAGAGGAAGAGGAAGAGGGCAGUGCUCAAGAUACUUUCAAAAGGAAUAAAUUUUCCCCAAAGAAAGCCAAGGGCAGACAUACUACACCUCAUGUACCAACUAUAAAGCAGAAGGUUCUCAAAAGUACUGAGGAGCAAGAGUUGGAAAAGAGCAUGAAAAUGCAGCAGGAGGUGGUAGAAAUGCGGAAAAAGAACGAAGAGUUCAAGAAACUUGCUCUUGCAGGAGCAGGGCAACCUGUGAAGAAAUCAGCGAGCCAGGUAACCAAAGUAGUUGACUUCCACUUCUGCACGGAUGAGCGAAUCAAACAGCAUCCUAAGAACCAGGAGGAAUAUAAGGAAGUGAACUUUACAGCUGAAUUGUGAAAGCAUCCUCCCUCUCCUGCUUGAGUGGCUAAGGGAUGUACUAUUAUUAAGCCUUUCAACUUGUCCCAAGGAAAGAAGAGAACAUUUGACGAGGCUGCUUCUGCGUAUGUGUCUCUGGCACAGCAGGUUGAGGCGUUCCAUAAACGAACCCCUAACAGAUAUCAUUUGAGGAGCAAGAAGGAAGAUAUUAGCCUUUUAUCUUCCAAAUCUUCUGUAACCAGGAUGUCCACAGAGCCACAGAGCCCUGUACUGCAAACCAAAUUCCGAGCGAGGCCUGUGACCUGCAAAAGUACAGUGGAACGGGAGGCUGAAGAGCUUGAGAAACUGCACAAAUACAAAUUCAAAGCACGAGAAGUUGAUUCCAGAAUUCUUGAAGGUGGGCCCAUCUUGCCCAAGAGACCACCUGUGAAACCACCCACUCAGCCUAUUGGAUUUGAUUUGGAAAUUGAAAAAAGAAUCCAGGAGCGAGAGUCAAAGAAGAAGUCAGAGAAUGAACACUUUGAAUUUCAUUCCAGACCUUGCCCUACUAAGAUCUUGGAAGAUGUUGUGGGUGUUCCUGAAAAGAAAGUACUUCCAAUCACCGUUCCCAAGUCUCCAGCCUUUGCACUGAAGAACAGAAUCCGAUUACCCACCAAAGAGGAUGAGGAAGAGGAUGAACCAACAGUGAUAAGAGCUCAGCCUAUGCCACAUUAUGGGGUGCCUUUUAAGCCCCAUAUCCCAGAGGCAAGAACUGUAGAAAUAUGCCCUUUCUCCUUUGAUUCUCGGGACAAAGAACGCCAGUUACAGAAGGAGAAGAAAAUAAAAGAAUUGCAGAAAGGAGAGGUACCUAAGUUUAAGGCACUUCCCUUGCCUCAUUUUGAUAGCAUUAAUCUGCCAGAGAAGGUCAAGAAUGUGACCCAGACUGAGCCAUUUGCAUUGGAGACUGACAAAAGAGGUGCUAGGAAGCCUGAGACAUGGAAGCACCAGCUAGAGGAAGAACUGAAACAGCAGAAAGAAGCAACUAGUUUCAAGGCUCAUCCAAACACUGUCAUCUUCCAGGAGCCCUUUGUUCCCAAGAAAGAGAAAAAUUCAGUUGCUGAGGACCUUUCUGGUUCUCUAGUUCAGGAACCUCUUCAGUUGGCCACUGAGAAGAGAGCCAAGGAGUGACAGGAGCUGAAAAGGAGAAUAGCUGAGGCGGAAGUCCAGAAAGCCCAGCAGCUGGAGGAGGCCAGAGAGCAGGAGGAAGAACAGAAGGAGGAGCUGGCCAGGCUACUGGUGCACAAGGCAAAUCCAGUACGCAAGUACCAGGCUGUGGAGAUAAAGUCAAGCGACCAGCCUCUGACUGUGCCUGUCUCUCCUAAAUUCUCCACUCAGUUCCACUGCUGAACUAAGCCGUGAGCUCCAGAUACUGCCUGGCAGCAGGAGCUGCUCAUUACGUCACACCAGGCAUGGACAGAACUCUUUUCUCCAGACUCACCAACCCAUGUACCGACAACUG